AUGCCUGCCGGCUGGGGCCGCCUGGCAGUCGCCCUGCCCGUCCUGGCAGUCCUGCAGCUGCCCCCCUUCCUCUUCAACCCCCUGACUGAGACCUGGGCUGUUGUGCUCUCCUUAAACUUCCCCUGGCUGUCUGUCUGCGCGGUGCUGGGUUGGGCCAUGGGGAGGGGCCCGCAGGCGCAGCCCUUCCCCCACUACCUCGCCUUUCUGGCUUUCCUAGUCUGCCCCGCACUGCCCUGCACUGUCAGGCCGACGGAGCCCGCUGCCGGGCGCAGGGUGCAGCGCACGCAUCAGUUUGGGCAGUGGGAGCCUGCAGCCAAGGUCGCCGUCCUGGCGGCAGCUGCCACCGCAUUCGACUGCCUGGUUAUGCCGCACUGGCUCACGGGCAUCCUGCAGUCGCUGGCGCUGUUCUGUUUCACCAGCCUGUGCCUGGAGGUGGCCGCCGCAGCAGCCAGCCUGGUCAGCGGCAUGCCGGUGCUGGCGCCAUUCAACCGGCCCGAGUUUUGGGGCGCGCAGUGGAAUGUGGUGGCGGGCACCACGUUCAGGACGACGGUGUACGAACCCCUCUGCCAAGGGCUGUUUGCCGGGCAGACAGCAGCGGCUGCGGCGCCCUGGCGGCGCGUGGUUGCCAUGCUGGCCACGUUUGCCGCGUCUGGGGCGGUGCACGAGCUGGCCUUCUUCCACCUCACCCGCCGCCUGUCGGGGCGAUGGUUCCUCUUCUUCACAGUCCAGGGCCCCCUGCUGCUGGCCGAGGCGGGGCUCGGCAGGCUGUGCCGCCAGGCCGGCGUCCAGGUGCCGCUGCCGGUGCGCGUCGCCACAGCCACAGCCACCGUCCACAUGCUGGCGCACAUGCUGUUCUUUCCAGACAUUGUGGAGGCAGGGGUGCCGCGGCGCAUGCUGCACCAGCUGCUGCCCGGCGGGCUGUGCGGGGGUGGGGGUGGCACGAAGUUGUCAACAGGUGGUUGA